CACACCUUUAUUGAUCAUUCCUUUCUUACUAUUUCUUCCUCAUCCUCAUCCCCAUCUCUUUUCCUUGUUCCCAGACUCGCCCGUCGUAACGUCCCGCUGGUCGCUUUCUCCGCUUAUAUCCCCCUGUCUCUGUUUCCCUGGCUCUGUUUCUAACACUAACGCGGAGCCAAAGCGCCUUUGCCUUUCACGCCUCAUUUAUUUCACAUCAUUUUUUACCCACCUUCAACCUCCACCUCCGCUCUCAGUCACCUUUUCGCUUCUCUCUCUCUCUCUCUCUCUCUCUCUCUCUCUCUCGCCCUCAAUUGCUUUCAUAUCGUCUCUCUUACCUCUACUCCUUCGUUUUAUCCUAGUCCUCCAAUUAUGUCUUCUACGUACGGGUCUUCACCGCCCUCUGCUCCAUCCUUCUCAACUCUCUCGACCGGUCGCCAAGGGUCCCUUCAAGAGAGCGCUGCCUCCCAAGAACCUAGCCCAAGAUCGAAACACCUUUCCCAGCCCUACAACAUGCAGUCCAUCAGUACAGAAAGCCUGCCUGCCCUCUUUGGCGCCUCUUCCUUACGACGCACUAACUCUAGCGUUGUCACAAAGACGCGAGCAAGCAGAGGCACUUCCCCAGCACCACCUGCCAAUGAACACCAGGUCUCGACUAUAUCCUUGACCUCAUCCCCGACAGCGGCUUCUUCACAGUCAAGGUCGAAAAGGACAGGGACAGGGACAGAAACAGGAACAGGAACAGGAACAGGAACAGCAACAGGAACAGCAACUGUAGCAACAGCAAUAAUCCCUGGUUCUACUACGCCCACAAGACGACCACCGAUCCAUACCAUUCCAGAGAACUUUGAGCUGGAUGGGGGCCACAACCGGAGAUCGAGCAGUUGGGAUAUCAUGGAUAUGAUAGCAAUUGAUCAGCUCCGGCAAUGGAUGGUGUGCUUUUGUGUCGUCAACUUUGAUCUCGAAAAAGGCCAAGCCAUCGAGUCCGUCUAUCCGCCCUCGGAUUUCACACCGGAGGAGAGCAAGAAUAUUUGCUUCUCCUCCUUCCCGGAUUCAAACACCUUCGAUGUUGGCGAUAUCGUCUUCAAUUUUCGCAUCCGAUCAACUACCGCUGGGAGAGCUGCCACUGGCCCGACUACGGAUGCUGGUUUUUUAUAUGGAUAUGUCUUCUUCAGGCAAAAGCAGGAUCCUUCUAUUAGAAGAGGGUAUUUCCAAAAGUCUGUCGUCCUCCUCUCACAGCACCCAUUCAUCGGAUUCUUCUCAAAACUGGUCUCUGUCCUGGGACCUGCCUAUUUCGAGGUCGGCAAGCCCAUGCUCGAGGCUGCCUUUCACAACAUGGCCACAUGGAGACCCCCUGUAACGGACAGUCUCAUGGAGUUGCCCUUCAUGGGUACACUUUACCAAGUACAGCUCGCCAAACCACACCAGCCUCAGCUACUCGAAACAGCGCCCUUUGAAAUAGCAACCUUCCAGCCCGAUACCCACAUCUUAUCAUCUGUUCCAAUGAAUGGCGGACUGUACAAGCACUUUCAGGACCUUGUCCCCGACCUGUGGCUGUGCUGGGAACUGAUGACUCUUGCAGAGCCCAUUAUGCUGAUUGGAACGUCUCCUGAAGUUUGCAGUGAAUCUGUCGCCUCGUUGGUUGACCUCAUUAAUCCCAUUCCAUACUGCGGAGACUAUCGGCCAUACUUUACAAUCCAGGACACGGAUUUCAAAUCAUUCUGCAACAAGUCAUCGCCACCGAGCAGCAUUGUACUUGGAGUCACAAAUCCAUUUUUCGCCAAGACGCUGGAGCAUUGGCCACAUAUCAUCAAGAUAGGCAAACCUAUGAACAGGAGGCCAAAUAACAGAUUGAUGAACGAUGGGUCAGUAGGGAAGGCAGUAAGAAGUCCAAGGCAUGCCAAACCGAGUUCUCUGGAAUUUGUGCAGGGCGUGGUUAGCAAACGCAAAGGAGCGAUUGCCAAAGACACCAAUCUUUUGUGCAUGUUAGCGGAAGCGACCGCGAACCGAUCCUCGCCUGAUUAUCUGCUGGAUAAUAUCCUGCGCAAGCAUUUUGCGACACUCACGGAAAAGUUCUUGGUGCCUCUCAACCGAUAUUUCGCCACUUUGGUGCCCAACGACAUCUCAUUGUCAUCCACAUCUCAGUACCCAUAUAUCGAACCUUUCAAGCAACAGACAUUCCUCAAGUUUCUGUCUAAGAAUCCGCCCGCCAUCACCUUCAAAACGUCGACAUUUAAAUCCAACUCGGAAGCAUGCCAGAGCUUCUACAAGGAUUUUCUCAAAUGCGGCAACUUUGCGACAUGGCUGCGAUUGCGCACCAUCGCGGCCCAGAACGAACUCAGGAAGCGCUACCUGGAGAUUCUCAGCUUGGGCGACGUCGUUGGAUGGGUCAAGGGGAGAAAUGAAGUUGAACUUGUGGACUUGCUGGUCAGGAUGAGGGAAGAACUGGGCAGCUCAGCCAAUAAGGGCGACUUGCUCAGUCUCGGAUCAAAGGCACGUACUCGACCUGGCCUCUCUAGAGAGGGAUCGCAUACUUCCACCGAUGCUGGGCCAGAUUCACUGCUAGACUAUGGGAAUGGUAACUCCUGGUCAGGAGAUCUGAUAGCUAGCCAUAAGCAUUCUGUCAACGGCCGCCAUAGUAGGAGCGGAAGCCAAAGUGGAGCAGCGAGUCACAGCGGCAGUGGCAGUGGCAGUAACAGCGAUGCGGAGCCCAGGACUAUGACACCGCCACCAGAUGUCUCGCAGGACAGUCGACCAAAGCCCUCUCCUUCGACUCCUGUGCCAUCUAACAAACAGCUCAAUCCAAGCAGCAUGAAUGGCGCUAGCGGCUCUAUUGGGUCUACGACUAUCCCUUCUCAGCGCCAUCCAGAGUCAGGUGGCCAGGUUUCGAACACCCCCUCCCCCAGUUCCAACUCGUCAAGAGCGGCCACACCCUCUCGGUCAUCAUCGUCCUCGUCACUGAACACAGGCUGGAACGAUAACAGAGGCCGGGAUACAGAUGUGCAAGGACCGAAGGGUGCACGAGAAUCACGAGAGUCAAGUCCAGAGCGACAACGACGGCGAUAUGCGCCAGAGGCGAGUGCAAUCAAAGCAACGAUGAAGCAGAAGGAGCAGCUGCGGGAUCAGAUCCGUCUCUUGAUCGAGGCCCUGCCCGUCGAUCUACGGGAAUCACUGCUGGCAAACGAGGCCAAGAAGAAAUCGAUGACUAUGAUGUCGCAAGGAGACAAUGCUCGCGAUCGCCUCUACCCGACCCUGUAGAGACUCUACUUGUACAUAUAUCUUAUCGUACCUAUUGCGAACUAAAAUAAUAAAUAAUCGUUUGUUGAUAUCAUUGUUGAGGAUGGC